UAAACUAAUGAUACGAUUCUUCUUUAGCCACCAUUGGUCCGUUUGUUCCUUUGAUUUAUCCGCGCAAAAGAAACAGAGCAUAGGACAAAAAUCCCCCCCAAAAUCCAGAUCGAAAAAUGCCCAUUACCGAGGGAGGCUUCUUCUUCUUCCUCAUCUUCUCCACCUUGAUCAUAUAUCAUCCAUUAAUCACUCGCCAAUUAAUCGAUCAACAUUCACCAGCAGAGCAACAAUGGCGCCGCCGACUCUCGCGGCCUCUGCAGAUGAAGAUGGGAUUCACGAGCAACUACUUCGCGCCGACGUGGAAUCCGGCAAUCACGAUCCCCCCACCGCCGCCGGAGCUAAAUUCCGCAUCAACAACUUAACCAAGUUGAGCGACGCCGCCCCCUGCGGCGGCGUCCCGAUCUUGCGCGGGGUGGAGAUGGAAAUCCCUAGAUCCCAAAUCAUCGGAAUCAUCGGCCCCAGCGGCAGCGGGAAAUCGACGCUUCUCAGAUCCCUAAACCGCCUCUGGGAGCCACCGCGAGGCACCGUGUUCCUCGACGGCCGCGACAUCACCGAGAUCGACGUCGUCUCCCUCCGCCGGAAAGUCGGGAUGCUGUUCCAGCUCCCGGCGCUGUUCCAGGGCACGGUCGCCGACAACGUCCGGUACGGCCCCAAGCUGCGAGGGGAAAAUCUGUCGGAAAAGCAGGUCCGCAAGCUCCUUUCCAUGGCGGAUCUGGACCCGUCCUUCUACGGGAAGAAAGGGAGCGAGCUCUCCGUCGGGCAGGCGCAGAGGGUCGCUCUGGCGAGGACUCUGGCCAACGAGCCGGACGUCCUCCUGCUCGACGAGCCCACCAGCGCUCUGGAUCCGAUUUCGACGCAGAAUGUUGAAGAUGUUCUGGUUAAGCUGAAAAACGAUCAGGGAAUGACCGUCGUCAUGGUCUCCCACAGUAUCAAGCAGAUUCAGAGGGUUGCUGAUCUGGUUUUCUUGCUCGUCGAUGGUGAAAUCGUUGAGGUUCUCCGGCCUGAUGAGCUCGCUCAAGCUAAGCAUCCCAUGGCGCUCAGGUUCCUCCAGCUCAGUUCUUGAACAAAAGGGUAAUUGAUUGGCAUGUUACUGAAAUCAACCAUUGUAAUUACAUAAAUAAAUCAUCGUGUCAACAUCGUUGGAUUGUUUUUCUAUUACGAAGAUUUCGAUUUACAUAACAACCGUGUAAUCGAAUUGAUUACCGAAUUACGAAAUUAUAAAUCUUGGG